AUGGCAACCGCUGCAUCUAACGGAUCCGCCCAGGAUCAGGCGGCGGUGGGCAUUCUGAAAACGCCGAUUUCUGCUCCCGUCGAAGGAUGUUCACCUCCCGCGAAGGACCCUCUAACCAAGGAACAAGAAACCAAGUAUGAAUGGCUCUUGGAGCAAGUCAAAAAAUGGACUGAAGUUCCUUCGACCAAGGGCAAAGGCGGUCCUCUCACGGACGCUGAGCGCAUGUGGCUGACCCGGGAGUGCUUAUUGCGGUAUCUGCGCGCAACAAAGUGGAAUGAGAAGGAUGCAGAGAAGCGCCUGAGGGAGACGUUGACGUGGCGGAGGGAAUUUGGCGUUGCUGACCUGACCUGGGAUCACAUUUCUCCCGAGCAAGAGACAGGCAAGCAGGUCAUUCUCGGCUUCGACAAGGAGGGGAGGGUGUGCCACUACCUCUGCCCCGGCCGGCAAAACACCCAGGCGUCACACCGCCAGGUUGAGCAUCUGGUCUUCAUGCUCGAGAGAGUUUUGGAUCUUCUCCCUGCGCAGCGUGAGAAGCUGGUGCUGCUUAUCAACUUCAAGCAGGGCAAGAACCGCUCGUACACUGCUCCGAGUAUUGGACAGGCCCGCGAAGUCCUCAAUAUCCUGCAAACGCAUUACCCGGAGAGGCUUGGGCGCGCCCUCAUUGUGAAUGUCCCAUGGGUUGUGCAGGGCUUCUUCAAGCUCAUCACCCCCUUCAUCGACCCUCUUACGCGCGACAAGCUCAAGUUCAAUGAGGACAUGAGCAGCUACGUUCCCAAGGAGCAACUUUGGAAAGAGAUCAGUGGUGGUGCACUCGAGUUUGAAUACGAUCACUCUGCUUAUUGGCCUGCUCUUCGUAAGAUGUGCGAAGAGCGUCAGGCUGAGAGGGAGAAGAGAUGGACAGCCGGUGGCAAACAGAUUGGAGAGCUUGAGGACUACCUUGGAGGGAAGACUAGCCAUGGCAUUAAGCCGCCUGCUGCUGCAACUACCGCUGACGCUGCCGCUGCCGCUGCUACUGCCACUGCCACCUCUACUGCACCUGUUGUCGCACCCGCCGCUGCACCCGCCGCUGCACCCGCUCCUGCACCCGCUCCUGCAUCCAGCGCGGUAGCCCAGGAGAGCGCUUCACCAGAGAAGCCAGCAGUUGAAGGAGCAAAGAAGGAAGAGGCUGGUGCGUUGUCGGAGAAGCAGGGUGACAAGGUUGAGGAUUUGAAGGUAGACGAGCUGAAGGUCGCCGAAUAG